CCACCAUUAGUGGUCACGUGACUGGCCGUCGCCCAGGUUGUCUCGAAAGCAUCCUGGUGUUAGCAGUUUACUGGCUGUGGCAAGGAAAAUAAAGUAAAACGUACUUUUUCUGACAAUGGAUAAAUUAUGUAUCUAAUUGGUGCGAACGGAAAGAAGACGGGGAGCUACUGCGGUGUUUUCCGACACGGACCGACUGCACUUACCUGAACAGGCCAGUUGAAAAGGCUAGCAAACACUUAGCUUAGCUAAUCGUUCAAACUUUGACGGACGGCUAGCUACUAAAGCUGUUUCACAUCUGUACAGCUUCUACCGCAUCUGGGUGGGAACCCGUCUGUCUUGUCGGAGCUACAAUGCUAACAAAAAUGUUUUGAACGGGGUCUCCCUAGCCAGGCAGUUGAUUUAAAACUAAGGUUUAGGUUAUUACAAAGUAACUAUUAGCUACCUCUUGAAUAAUAACUGCUGUUGCACAGCUAAUGCUAACUACAGUGCGUUAAAUUAAAAGUAGCACAAACGUAUUCGGUGACAGAAAUUGAAAGCACCGCUGUUGUUUCCUCUAAAUGUUGGUGAAGAUUAGGCAGCUGUAACAAAGCUUGAAGAACCGCAGAAGCAACACGUCCUUGUUUCUCCCCCCCAGAUUUCGGCCAAUCGCAUGAGUAAAAAACAAUGCUAAACACCAGGAUGUCAAACUCAUGGGGAUUAACCUCAACCCAGCUGCAUUGCCUCGAAAACACAGUUGUCCUGUCAUUUCGAUAAUCCCUGCGUUCCUCGCAAUGCAUCAACAAUAGAGCUUUUUUUUUUUUUUUUUUUUUUUUUUUUUUAAACUUACCGAGCCUGUAGCGCAGUCAGUUAGCAUCUGGGUUAAUUAAAUCAGUUCAUACAGGCUGUUUCCCCCCGUUAAAAUUAUGUCUGGGGACACAUCUGACAGCAGUGAUGACUCCGAUGGGAAAUCAAAUGAGAAGGCCUGUACUGUCAAGCAUCAAAUUACCAAUGCUAACCUCACAGGUCACACUGAAAGGGUUGGCAUGGAGAACUUUGAGCUUCUCAAGGUUUUGGGCACCGGAGCUUAUGGAAAGGUGUUUUUGGUUCGGAAGAACACCGGCCACGACGAGGGCCAGUUGUAUGCAAUGAAGGUUUUAAAGAAAGCAGCGAUCGUUCAGAAAGCAAAGACGACAGAACACACUCGCACCGAGCGACAGGUCCUGGAGCACAUUCGCCAGUCUCCCUUCCUGGUCACCCUUCACUACGCCUUUCAAACUCAGAGCAAGCUGCACCUCAUCCUGGACUAUGUGAGCGGCGGCGAAAUGUUUACUCACCUGUACCAGCGAGAUCACUUUUCUGAGGAAGCGGUGCGGAUUUAUAUCGGGGAAAUAAUUCUCGCUCUGGAGCAUCUGCACAAGCUUGGGAUCGUGUACCGAGACAUAAAGCUGGAAAACAUCCUUCUAGACAGCGACGGCCACGUGGUGUUGACCGACUUUGGGCUCAGCAAAGAGUUUCUGGAAGAAGACAAAGGAAGGACUUACUCUUUCUGUGGCACCAUCGAAUACAUGGCUCCAGAAAUCAUCCGGGGGAAGACGGGCCAUGGCAAGUCUGUAGAUUGGUGGAGCCUGGGGAUCCUGAUGUUCGAGCUGCUGACGGGAGCUUCUCCUUUCACCUUGGAGGGAGAAAGGAACUCCCAGAGUGAGGUUUCGAAACGUAUCCUGCGCUGCGAUCCACCAUUCCCCUCCAUGAUUGGACUGGUUGCUAAGGACCUGCUGAGGAAGUUAUUGGUGAAGGAUCCACAUAAGAGACUUGGCUCUGGGCCCAGAGGAGCCGAGGAUAUCAAAGCUCAUCCCUUCUUCAAGGGACUGAACUGGUCUGACUUGGCACAGAAGAAGGUACCAAGUCCAUUCAAACCGGAGCUGAAAAGUGAACUCGAUGUGGGCAACUUUGCCGAAGAGUUCACCGGAAUGGACCCCGUCUACUCCCCGGCGAGUACGCCCCCCAGCACAGACCGCCUUUUCCAGGGCUACUCAUUUAUUGCUCCUUCCAUUUUGUUCAACAAGAACGCCGUGAUGGGAGACUUUGUCGAAUGUCAGAUUGGAGCAGAGCGCCCGGCUUCUGCUUCUGUCCAGCAAAGUGCAAUGUUAAAGGAAUCCCAGUUCUUCCAGCACUAUGAGCUGGAUCUCCAUGGCCCUCCACUGGGCGAGGGGAGUUUCUCAGUGUGCAGAAAAUGCAAACACAAGCAGAAUGGCCACGAGUACGCCGUUAAGAUCGUCAGCCGCAGAAUGGAAGCGAAUACUCAGAGGGAGAUUGCUGCCCUGAGGCAGUGUGAAGCUCACCCCAACAUCGUCAAGCUGUAUGACGUCUUCACUGAUCAGUAUCACACGUAUUUAGUGAUGGAGCUCUUGAGAGGCGGGGAGUUACUGGAGAGGAUCAAGAAGAAGAAGCUGUUUGGGGAGGCAGAGGCCAGUCAGCUGCUGCAGAGCCUGGUCUCAGCUGUCAGCUUUAUGCACGACGCUGGAGUGGUGCACAGAGACCUUAAACCUGAGAACGUGUUGUUUACCGACGAGGGCGAGGACUCUGUGCUGAAAGUCAUCGACUUCGGCUUCGCCCGCCUGUGUCCUGCGGGCAGCGCCCCUCUGCAGACGCCAUGCUUCACGCUGCAGUACGCCGCUCCGGAGCUUUUUGAGAGCGCAGGAUACGACAAGUCCUGCGACCUCUGGAGUCUAGGGGUCAUCUUGUACACCAUGCUGUCGGGCCAGGUGCCGUUUCAGAGCGAGCAGCGUGGGAUGACCUCAUCGUACGCCGUCGACAUCAUGCAGAAAAUAAAGGAGGGAGAUUUCUCGUUGGACGGGGAGGCGUGGAAGGGUGUGUCAGAGGACGCCAAAGAGCUUGUUAAAGGACUUUUGACUGUGGAUCCAGAGAGACGCCUGAAACUCUCCGAUCUGAAGGAGAACAGCUGGCUGCAAGGCGGAGCGUCCAUGUCCACCACUCCUCUGUGCACUCCUGAUGUGUUGGAAUCCAGCGGGCCAACAGUCCGUACCUAUGUGAAUGCUACAUACAAGGCUUUUAACCGUUGCAAGAGAGAAGGCUUUUUCCUGAAAAGCGUCGACAACGCCCCCCUGGCAAAACGACGCAAGCUCAAGAUGACGAGCACGGGCGUGGAGACCCGAUGGAGCUCCUCCUCUUCCUCGUCCUCCUCCUCCACCUCCUCCUCCUCGGCAUCCAAAGAGCAGAACAAGCAGACUGUGACCCCAAAGCACAGCAAGCCCAAAUGAUGCGGCGGGAGCGACCCUGAAAAAAAAAAAAAAAACAAGAGGCGUAUCCUAAUACUGAGGACAUGGGGUCUGCCGAUGGGGUCAGUGCGAAACUAAAAAAAAAAAAAAAUCAAAAACACAAACAAACCCACACUGAUGGAUAGAAACACCGGUGUGGGUACGACGACAGUUUUAAUGGAAAAAUAAUCUCGAUUCCUCCUGCUGCACUCUACUCAAACCAAACGUGUAUUUUGUUGAAAAGAGAAGAUGUGCCCUUGAGGAUUUGAAUUUCUGUUCAGUAUUUUUCUUCUCAACACAAUCAGUUUAUCCUCACUGCGGCGACAAAGCAGCGCCUGGUCAGAGGAGGAAAGGGAAAAAAAACGAGCCAUUAAUGAGGAGAAGCCAUAACUCCAGCGACUCUUUAAAUAAGAAGGUGCGUCCGUUUGCACGCUGCAAGCGAACCAGCCUUUCAAUCGUUGAUUUAUCUGUAAUCAAUCAAACGCUCCUUCACAAGUUCUCCACCACACGAUCACAAACGAAAGGAACUUUAUCGGUUAAGUUUGAGGGCAAAUUUGAGCCGUUUGCACUAUCAGCAGAGAAUGUCGAUGAUCAAAUUAUUGCAGGGCUUUCGCACAGAGGGAUUUAUUUUGUGAUGUUUAUGUGUCGUUUGGAUAUUAGGCACUGUACAGGGUGGGUGUCGGGACGUAGUUGGAGUCAGUUUUCACGCAAAAGGUGCUGCACUUCCAAUACACUACCAGCUCUGGGCAAAGCUCUUGUCUCAAAUGAUUCAACUCUGGGAGUUUUGAUCCACAAGAGUUGAAUUUUUAUUUUUAAGUGUUCAGGAGUAGCAGCUGUAAAAACACAAACAAGCUCGUCGAAUUGAAUCUCAUGUCUGUUUCAGCCUAGCAUGCGGUUUUCUGUAUUUUCGUACCCGACUGAUAAGAGAUGGUAUCUUGGCGCGCACACAAUGCCUUCGUCUUUCUGCUUUUCCCAGCGCCAUAGUGACGCUGAGGCCUGUCAUUUAAUGACUUUUUCUCAUCUUCUUUCUUUCUGAGGUGGUUUUAAAACGUCAUACAGCUUCAGAACUCCAAACACGACUUUUCGGUGAAAGUAAUGUACAUACCCUUCUUGGUUUUUAAACGGAAAUUGAUCAUGCAAUGAGUUAUGGUUUGACAGCAGUCUCAAAGGUAUAUCUUUGUUUUUAUUGGACUUCUUAAAUGUUGUCAGUUGAGCGAUUAAACACAUUUCAGCUUUAACAGUGAUUUUUGCUGAUAUUUAUUACAUCCUUGAUUAUUUUUUUAAUGCUGUGGUUGUGGUUUUAUCAUGAUUUUAACUCUUGUUAAAUUCCAACCCUGCGUGCGCGCGCGUGUGUGUGUGUGUGUGAUUGUGAGAGAGAGUGUGUUUUUAUGUAUCGUACUGAGGGAUGUUUGCAGAUCGGUUUUGCUGAUAUUUCUGUGCCAGAGUGAAACAUUAUUGCAUCUUUGCUGUCGUUGGUUCCCCACUGAUGUUGUUUUUGAAUUUAACUGGUUGUUUGUUGAUGUUUUUACUCAAGAAUUGCUUUUAUUGGUGUUGAUAUUCCUUUGUUGUCGUAGGUGACGUUUCUUUUCGUGCUCUUCUUUUCGGUUUUACCAUUACUAUCUUACUGUCAGUGUCCUAGCUGGGAAUUUAUCUUUUGCACCAAGAUUUGUAUUUUUGUUUUGUUUUUUUUUGGUUGGUGCAAAAAUAAAUAUUACUUUGAAAUAUCUGGUUAUGAUUUUUUUUUUGGUCUGUUGGAUGUUUCAGUAGUAUUUAUUUGAACCUAAGUGAUCAAACUAGAGAAAAUAUGACGGUAAGAUAUUUAUAUUUAUACAUUUUCAUGGAGGAAAAGGGUUUUUCUGACUUUCUUUUCAGUUAAGAAAAGAAAAAAGAUUUGAUUAUAUAGAUUUUGUUUGUGAAUUAAAAUGUCUUAGUGCAUUAUUUUGUAAAUCACUGGCUGUGUGGCUUCUUCAAUGCAACCUAACAUGUACAGACCCAUUCAAUAAAUUCAAAUCUUA